AUGACAGAAUAUUGGCGACAAGUGUGGCAGAGCAGUGAAGUUCUGGGUGACUAUAUCUCUGCAAAUCAUUACCUAUUCGAAGGACGGAUAAUUCUUGAAUUGGGCGCUGGUUGCACUGGAAUACCGGGACUAGUUGCGGCGAAAUGUGGAGCCAAAUUGGUUAUUUUUACGGAUCAUCCUCAAAGCGAAGAGGCCUUCAAAAUCUUAAAACAAAACUGUAUAAGGAAUGACCUUGACGAGAGUUCUUUCUUAAUAAAAGAUUUAGAUUGGAAUGGAUCAAACCUUAAUCAGGUUUUGGAUGAUGUACUUGUGUUGCAUUACAUUUUAGCAGCAGAUGUCUUCUACGAUAUUACGGUAUUUGGAGCGUUUAUAGACACUGUUGCGUCAUUAUUACAACAGUAUCCUAAAGCGGCAUGCAUAUUUGCUUAUGAAGAGAGAGACAGUAAUUGGUCGAUCGAGGAUUUGCUUCUACUGAAGGAGUUAUGCUGUAGACGUGUACGUGUCAUUGACACCGAUCUUCAUACAAUUCACAUUGGGAUUAUUUUCACUAGAACAGGUAAAUUAGUCCGACUGAAUUGA